AUGCCCCAUUAUUCCGACCUGGUAAAGACGCUCCACCUGGCCCGGCAAUGCGCCCUGCGGUCGAAUUAUGAGGUCGCGCUGGAGUACUACAAGGCCGUUGGCAAAGAGAUCGCGGCGUACGUGGGCCAAGGGGCCAUCGAUCCCGAUCUGUCCGCCCGAUGGGUUAAAAUGCAGAACGAGAUCACGGAGGAGGCGUCUUGUGUAAUAGGCAUUAUGGACGAGCUGAGGUGUCUAACCACCCCUGCGGAGGCCGCGCGCCGUGAGCGACAGGUGACACAAACCCAGGACCCGGGAGGCGCGGCGGGGAUGCCCGUCUACGGGGUCCCAACCGGCCGUUGGAACCCCCCAAAAAACGGGGAUGCCGCUCGUUUGGCUCCCGCGGAGGGUCCACGGCAACCCCGGGUUGGGGUCGUGCGCGGGGGGUCUAAAAAAGCCCCCCUUCGGCGCGAGGCCCGAGCAGGGGUAGGGGCCGCGGAUGGCCUCGACGGACGGGAAGGGCGGAAGGCAAGCCGAAUUGUCCACAAGCACACCACCCUCCCACGCUUUACCGCACGGGCAGGGGAAGAGGAGCUGGUGCAGCUCAUCGAGGCCGAAAUGGAUGUCGGCAAGAUCUCGGUCUCGUGGAAUGACAUCGCCGGCCUGGAGGAUGCAAAACGCCUUCUCGAGGAGGCGGUGGUGUACCCGGUUUUGAUGCCGGACUACUACAAGGGGAUUCGUCGGCCGUGGAAAGGUGUGCUGCUCUACGGCCCACCGGGCACCGGCAAGACGAUGCUGGCAAAGGCCGUCGCCUCAGAAGCAGUGACGACCUUUUUCAACAUCUCCCCUGCCACCCUCACGAGCAAAUGGCGCGGUGAAAGUGAAAAGCUAAUUCGAGUUCUUUUUGAAAUGGCUCGGCACUACGCGCCAAGCACUAUUUUCAUUGAUGAGAUCGACUCAUUGUGCGGACAGCGCGGUGGUUCGACUGAGCAUGAGGCGACGCGACGAGCAAAGGGAACGCUCCUUGCCGAGAUGGAUGGCGUUGGUGCGGAUCCCUCAAAGACGGUAAUGGUUCUUGGUGCGACAAACCAUCCAUGGGAUAUCGAUGAGGCGAUGCGCCGUCGUUUGGAAAAGCGUAUUUACAUCUCUUUGCCGGACGCUCGCGAUCGUGUGGAGCUUUUUAGGAUUAAUACGAGUUCGCUUAAACUUUCAUCCGAUGUUGAUUUUGAGCAGCUGUCGAAGCUUCUGGAGGGCCACUACUACAGCGGGGCCGAUAUCACAAAUUUAGUGCGUGACGCUUCGAUGAUGACGAUGCGCCGCUUCUUGAAGGAAUCGGAUAAGCACUCGCUUCGUGAGAACGCGGCCGAAAUCGGUCGACGCGUAGCGGAGCAGCCAAUCACCAUUCAAGACUUUCUGAAUGCAUUCAAAAAAGUACCUAGUAGUGUGAGUCCUGAAAACAUCAAAAAGUUUGAGAAGUGGAAGAAAGAAUUUGAAAUCAAUAUAUAA